GCCACUGCUUUGGUUUUCCAGCGCUUCUAGCUUUUGAUAUUUCCCCACGUUGGCCCUGACUCGAUCGUUCAGGCGGCCUUGUGGUUCGCUUUCUGACCGUUUCAAACGUCCCGGCGAGGACCAUCACCGUCAUGUCUCGGCGCUAUCCUCCUGCUGAUGUUUACGAGGAUCGUGAACGCGACCCUUACGCUCGACCUCGACCUGCGCGCAACUACGACGAUAUCGAAGUCGACAUCAACCGCACCCGCUAUGCCGACCGCCCAGAAACCGUUGUCAGCGAUCGCCGAAGCACCCGCGGAGCAAAACUCCCCGACUUCCUACACGACGACUAUGGACGAACAAAUGCUGGUCCGCUCGUAGUUAAGAACCGCGAGCCAGACGACUAUGCCGACUACCCACCUCGUAGAGAUCCCGACACUCUGUCACGCAGAGGUGGCCCACCAGAAAGAGUUGAGAGAGAUGAACUCGUGAUUCGUGAGCGCAGAGGUGAACCUCCACUUCGAGAGCGACCACCGCCUGCCAGAGAUCCAAGAGAUGUCGACCGCGAGGAGGUCAUCUACAGACGCGGCGAGCGCGAUCAGUCAAGACCACCAAGACCAAGGGACAGAGGAGAGGUCGAAGAGACGGACAUCUUGAUCCGCAGAAGAGAACAGGAGCGGGAACGAGAGCCAGAAGUACCUCGAGGUGGUCCCCCAGACAUCGUCUUCCGCAGAGGUGCUGGCGACCGUCGACCCCCUCCCAGGUCCGAGGCUGCAAGAUCCGAGGUCGCCGAGGAGGAAUUCACCUUUCGCCAUGAAGAGACUCGUUCUCCCCCUCCACCUGCCCGUAGCGUGCGCGGUGUGGAGCGAGAGGAAAUCUCCAUUCGUGAACGCGAGCGCAGUCUUCCUCCUUAUCGCAGACGCAGCCCAGGUCCAGUUGCACGAGAGAGGGAAGAGUGGCUCUUCAGACGUCGCGAACCUUCCCCGCCUCCCCCACCCAGAGAUGAACGCGAAGAGAUCAUCAUCCGUCGCCGUGAGCACGAGCGUGCCUCACCUCCCCCGAGAGACGAGAGAGAGGAGAUCAUCAUCAGACGCCGAGAGAGAUCGGUGCCUAGAGAGCCCAGUCCCGAGCCAGUCCGAGAGCCAUCACCCGAGCCAAUGCCACCACCGCCAGAACCGAUUGUCCGCCCGCCUAUCAUUCAGGAGAUCAUCACCCAUCACCGGCAUAUAGAUCAUGGCGUUGAGCGAGCUCGCUCUCCUGAGCCCAUGCCUAGUCCUCCCCCAGCACCACCAAGCCCACCACCUGCGCCUAGGGACGAAAGCCUCGAAAUCGAGAUUCGAAGACGCAACACUCGUAACGGAGGCUAUGACGAGAAUAUCACUUUCGAGCGCGAGAUAUCUCGUCCAGCACCCGCCCGUGAACCUGAGAUGGAGCGCAACAUUGAGCUCACUCGUUCUCGCUCUGUCUCUGCUCCUCGCCGCCGUCACGAUGAUGAGAUUGCCUCCGAGGCAGAAUACUACAAUCGUAAAGCACUCGAGCGUGGCUACGUAGGUGAAGGUCACAAUGGCGCAACUCGAGACUGGGGCCUUGUCGACAUCCCUCCCGGUACCAGACGUGUCCAGAUGGAUGGUCUAGGGGGUGCCCGACAAGACAUAACUUGGCAGCAAUAUAACGGGUCUCGUAGAAGCAAGUUCUAUACCGCCGACGAAGAGUACACGACUGAUUUUGGUCCCGGUCCUAUCCCUGAGCGCAAGGAGGAGAAGCGCAAGGUCACGAAAGACAUGUGGACCGAGGUCACCAAAGAUCUGGUCAUCAAGGAAGCCAUUGAUGAAAUGGGCUAUCAGUACGAAGACUCAGAACACUUCUUCUACGUUAUGGAAUACCUGAAAUACGAGGAUGUUCUUCAGCUCGUAGAGCUAUCCGAAGAUAUCCGUCGUGAACGCCGUGACCGCAUCCGCGAGAUCGAAUGGGAGCGCGAACAACUCGAGCGCCUCCCACCCCCAAAGCCACGUUCACCACCCGCAAAGCCUCGCUCCAAAUACGACGAGCGCAUCUACGAACGCGAGGUCAUCUACGAUUCCAAGCGCACAGGCAGAUAUCGAUGAUGAAGCCGACAUACAACACGCGGUGUCUCAUAUGCGUGCUUGCUUCACAAAUCCUUGAACAAUUGCUGCAAGUGGCGCCUUUCUUUCCUUUCUCUCCCUUUUGCUUCCGAAGCAACGCAUGGCCAUAGCAAAACACACACUUCACGACCUGAAACGAACAGCAUAGCGAAUUGAUACACCGAACCAGCUGCUCUCUUGGUGCUUACUAGCUGAUUUUUCUUCUUCUGAUGUAAACACUGCUUCAUUCUUGCUUUUGCUCUUUUCUCCCUCUUCCCGGUGGACAAAUUCUCUAGAUAUUAAAUACACAGUUCUGCUCACUGAAACACAUAAUAAGAUCAGACCACG